GUUGGCCGCACGUAAAGGACUCGAGCCAAGUGAACAGCCUGAUUGCAUCUCAGCGUAGACAUCUGCUGUGCCAUGAACGAUCCUCGGAAAGAGUACAUUGUUCAAUGCAUCAUCAGUGUGCUGAACAUACCACGGAGUGAAUUCCGCAGCAACACCACGUCAAACACAGCGUUGGAGAAGUUCUUGGAUCAUCCAAAUGAAAAAUUGCUCCAGGCUGUGGAGAAUGACUCAAGCGACACGAAUAAAAGAACUGUGACUCUACAGUUGGGCUUUUCCAGUUAUGCAGAGGGCAUUCCAGAGAUGCACUUCAUCAAGACCUCCUACGAGCCAUUGACCGAGGAGAACAUCUCAAGACUGGUGCUCAUUUCGUCUUUGAGAAUGUCACCGGUGCGCAGUUUGUUCUACAACGUCCGCGAGGUCUUCAUGCCGUUGUUGGUGGAAAGUGGAAAGGAUUCUGAUCUGGAAGGUCGCCUCACAGAUUGCUUGACAGAGCUGGACGCAGGCCUCAAUGCAUCAUUGCGCCGUGGGCUCCGGAACAGAAAUGUUGGCGAUUUUGAAGAGACUGAUGUCUCAGGAAUUGUCACACCAAUCGAUGAGGUUCGCUUCUGGGAAGAGCUGAAGAACGCGACUGGAGUGAGUGAUUCUGCAGUUGAGCGUGCCACAAAAUUUUCCGAAGCUUUGUCUGUCAUUGGCUCAGACUUAGAUGAUAUGUCCAAGAAGACAUUUGCGCAAUUGCUCGAAUUCAUGGACAACGUGAUGGAAUCGUUGGAUGGGCUGUGGCAGAAUGAAGCUCAGCCGAAAUACCCGGCUGCUCGAAUGCUGCACUUUCUAAAGAUCCUUUCUGGCUCCUUUGGUCGGUGUGUGCAAUCCAGGCUCAACAGCUUGAACAUUUGGACAUCAUCAUUCUCGCAAGUCUCAAAGCAUAUUCGCGAAGGCUACAAGGUUUGUGAACGCUGGAAUGAAAUCACAGUCGACCUGACGGAGCAGUGGCGUUCAAGCGAGAAUGUUUGGGAAGGAGAAGCCUAUAAGGAUGACUUCGUGGCAAAUCUAGCUGUGCGCAUACAGGAAGUGAGUCAGUUGCGAGGCCAACAUGAUCAGAUUCUCAAACUGUUGAGUGCCGAAGAACUCAGAGAUAUGCAAAUCGAGAGUUGCUUUGAGCCAUUCAUAAAGCUCUCGGCCUUCAGCUACAAUGACUACACCGUGCCCGCAUGGAGAGCCGCUUUGUCUGAUUAUGAGGCACGCAUGGCUCCCAUUGAAGCUCGGGUCGCUGAGCGGCUGCGUGCCGAACUCUUCACCAACACAUCCAACCCCGCACAGACCGUCCGAGUCUUCCAAAGAUAUCAGGAUCUGUUGGAGCGAAAGAACAUCCGCCAGUCCUUGACCAACGAACGGGAGCGGCUCUUGACCGAGUUGGAUGAUUUUCUGGGUCGAGUUCAAUCUGAGCUUGAAACGUUUGAGGUGAGCAACUUGCCAGCUGGUCGCGGGUUGAGCCUUCCAGCACGAAAGAUGGUUUGGGUGGAGCACUUUCGAAGUAAGGCUGAUUUGGCUGCUCGGCCAUUGCAAGGCUUUCUCAAGGAUCUGCCCUCAGCAGGGAAGGUGGGGAAUACCUACCGAAAGGUGCGUGCCGAAUUGAAGGAGUACCGAAACAAAGCUUUCAAGGACUGGUGUGAGGAGGUAGAUUCGCAGCUUAGAGAUCCUGAUGAUCCCAUUGCGCUUGAAAUGAACAGUCGUGUCAUGGACUUUGACACUGCUCAACAAGGUGCGCUGAAGAUCACAUAUUCUGAGCGCCUCAUAGAGCUGGUGAAAGAUGCACGUCUUUUUGAGCAAUUGGGAUGUACGAUUCCGCCGAAGGUGAAGGCUGCGGUUCAAGAUGGCAUGAAAUUCUACCGCUUUGCAGUGCAGCUCAAGCAGGUUUGCAAUUUUUACAACACCUUAUCAGCAGAACUGCUUCCCUCUCAGAAAUUGAUGGUGUUGCAGCCUGCUCUUGCUUUCGAACAGCUCUUCAAUGACAAGAGUGGUAUGAGGAAAGUGCAAUGGAACAAGCUUGAUCAACUGGAAGCUUUCACUCGGCAUGUCAAAGAUGGUGCUGAACGCUUGCGCGAAGUGAAUCGAAAGCUACGGAAUGGUCACAGUCAGGUCUCGCAGGAGGUGGUGCAGCUUGCCAAUAUCAGCUUGCUACGACAGAGAGACCAAUGGAAGCAGAAGAUCUCACAGAUACAGAAGCACAUUGAUGCCACCAUUGGCGCUGUGCAGUGUCAAGUUGCAGAUGCCAAGCCAUGGAAAUCUCAUUGGGAUUACCAAAUCUUCAAGAUCAUGGAAGUUCAGUAUCGCUUUGGCUUGGAGAGUCUGAAUGAGAAUUUGCCUGAAAUGAAGGCUGAUUUGAUUGUGGCCCAAAAGCAGCUGAAAUUGAAGCCUCCUUUGGAAGAAUUGAAGGCGGCCUACUUCAAAGAGAUCAAGACCUUCAUCGCUUUGCCCUUGCAGUUCAAAGGUCUUGAUGGUGCACCCCAUGUCUACAAGGUCAUGCCGGACCGCAAUGCUGAGGGUAUUGCCGUGGUUUUCCAGAAGGCAGAUGAGCUCUUUGUCAAAGUGCAGCGGCUGCAGAACUCCUACGCUCCCUGGCUGGUUGUUGGUCUUCUCCCUGAGAGGGUCCAAGAGCUGGUCGAUGAGCUGACGGAUCCGAAGGAUUGGGAGAUGAACUUCAAAGCCAUUAAGGCCAAGCGCAAGGAGAUGGACAAGAUUCCGGAUACCGUAAAGAUUGACUGCUUCACCAUCAGCACGGUGAUUUUGAAGUCUGUCAUUGAAGAUCAGCUUGACCGGUUAAGUGAUGCUUUGAUCAUUUCUCUGAAACGCAAGGCUUCGGAUGAGGUGAAGGUAGUGAUGCAGUUCUUGGAAGAAGGCUUAGAGAAGCUCAAUGUGAGGCCCGACACUGUGCAAGAGCUUGGCAAAGCGCAAGAGGAUGCGAAGCAGCUCAUGGAGCAACAUCACGAGGUGAAGAAGCAGCUGGAUGCUGCAGAAGAGAAGAACAAGCUCUUGAAGUCCUAUGCUGCAGGUAUUGACAUGAAUGAGGUGCAGAACAAAUGGGAUGAUUUCCUUAUCCGCCUUGAAGCCUUCGAGCAGCUUGCCCAUGACCUGCGAGAGGAAUUGAAAGGCAAAAUGGACCAGCGCAUUGUUUCAAUGAACAGCGAGAUUGAAAAGUUUGCAUCACGCUGGCAAUCUCUGAAGCCAAAGACCACGGAAAACUUCUCCAUGGAUGAUGCGAAGAGAAAUGCCCAGCAGAUGCAGGAAUGGCAAGCAGAAUGGCAGGGUCUUAAGGAGCAAAUCGUCGUAUUGCAGGGAGAUUGUUCAGACUUUGGACUGCCGCCACCUGAACUUUCCAACAUUGCUGAAGUAGAGGAUGACCUCAACAAGCAGCAGGCCAGCUGGAGUCUCGUUGAGGAGUUCAACACUCAGUAUGAAGAACUCUUGUCACAAACUUGGCUGGAACUCCGACCACGGCUCUUCACGGUUCAAGAUUUGGCGCAUAAUUGGAUGGCCAAACUUCGAGAAGUUCCACGGGACACCGUGACUCACAUGCUUUCUCAAGAAGUCCAACGGUUGGAAGCAGCUCACCCUGCCUUGAAAGCGAUGACGGGCGAACCCUUUGAGAGAGAUCACUGGAAGAUACUUUUUGGAUUGCUGAAGAUGCCAGACCUGAGACUGGAAGAGUUGCGCUUCAAGGAUUUAGCUCAGAGGCUUGACGUCAUUGUUGAGAGAAUCGACGACUUGAAAGAACUGACUGCAAGGGCCAUUGGAGAAGUGACCAUCCGAGAUGCGGUCAUGGAAGUUUCAGCUUGGUUUGAACAAGCAGAGUUCAACUUUAUGGAUCAUCAAGUCAAGGGUGGUUUUGUGCCAUUGAUCAAAGAUUGGAAGGACCUGAUGUCAGAGGUCUCGGAAAAGCAGAGUCUCUGUGGCUCAUUGAAGGACUCUCGGUUUUUUGCUCCUUUCAAAGAUCAAGUGGACAAAUUUGAGGAAAAGCUGGCGCUUCUGGAUGAGCUUCUCCUUUGCAUGAACAAGGUUCAGCGGAAAUGGGUCUAUUUGGAGCCCAUCUUCGGAAGGGGCUCGCUUCCGCGGGAGAAGGAACGCUUUGACAAGGUGAAUACUCAAUAUCGCCAGAUCAUGAAAAAUGUUGGUUCACAGAAGAAAGUGAACUACUUGUGCACAGUUCGUGGGCUAAAGGAUCAAUUUGCCACCAUGUUGGACCAGCUCGAGCGUUGUCAAAAAGCUCUCAACAGCUUUCUGGAAGAAAAGCGAUCAGCGUUUCCACGCUUGUACUUCAUUGGGGAUGAAGACCUUUUGGAGAUCUUGGGACAGUCCAGCAAUCCUGAAGUCAUCCAAGCUCACCUGAAGAAGCUCUUUGCUGGUAUUGCCACUGUAGAUUUUGACCCCAACAUCACUCGUAUCGUAGCUAUGAACAGCUCGCUCAAAGAGAAUGUGCCGUUGGGAAAUCCAGUGGUUGUGAAGGAAGGUGAUGAACCUUUGCCGGUAGAAGAAUGGCUCUCAAACCUCUCAAAUGAGAUGUUUUCCACGCUGGCAGCACAGUUGCAGGGUUGCUAUGCUCAGUCAGAAAUGGAUAUGCAACAAUUCGAGAGGUAUCCAUCACAGCUAUUGUGCCUGAGUGCGAACAUUCACUUUACCUUCAAUGUGGAAAGGUACAUGAACAACGGGCAGCUUCAUCAACUGAAAGAUGACUUGAGAUCUCAGCUUCAAUCUAUGACUUCGCUGUCUUUGGAAGGGGCCCUUCCACAAGCGAAGCUGAAGUCCCUAAUCUUGGAUCUCAUUCACAAUAUCUCUGUUCUAGAUGAUUUGCUGGUCCAAAAGGUCACCAGGCUCUCGGAUUGGAGCUGGUUUCGGCAGCUUCGCUACUACUUGCGACAGGGCGUGGUGCCUGAGCAGAGGCCUUGUAGCGUUCGGAUGUUGGAAUGUGAGCAGUUCUAUUCCUUCGAAUACCAAGGCAAUGCUCCGAAGUUGGUGCACACACCUUUGACGGACAAGUGCUAUUUGACGCUGAUGCAUGGCUUGCACUUGGGCUAUGGUGGCAAUCCGUAUGGUCCAGCAGGAACUGGAAAGACUGAGUCAGUGAAAGCGCUGGGCUCCUGUUUGGGACGGCAAGUCCUGGUCUUCAAUUGUGAUGAAGGUAUUGACUUCCAAGCCAUGGGCCGCAUCUUUGUGGGUCUGGUACGUUGUGGAGCCUGGGGCUGUUUCGAUGAGUUCAACCGUCUCUUAGAAGAGCAAAUGAGCGCCAUCUCGCAGUCAGUGCAACUCAUCCAGGCCGCCAUCAAGAACAGUCAUAGCACCGUCCACUUGCUGAGCCGCGAUGUGCAGGUCAAUCACAAUGCCGGAAUCUUCAUUACGCUGAACCCUGCCACCAAGGGCUACGGAGGUCGUCAGAAGCUGCCCGACAACCUCAAGCAACUCUUCAGACCCGUGGCCAUGAGCGUCCCAGACAACGAGCUCAUCGCUGAGGUGAUGAUGUUUGCGGAAGGCUUUGUGAGCGCCAAGGUUUUGGCCCAGAAGAUCGUCUCUUUGUUCUUGCUCUCACGGCAACUCUUGUCCUCCCAACAACACUACGAUUGGGGUCUACGAGCUUUGAAGCCGAUUUUGACACUGGCUGGACGACUCUUGCAGGAAAUCAAGGCUCAGCAAAGCGGGCCGUUGCAAGAAGAUGAGGAAGCGGUGCUGUUGCUGAAGGCAGUUCGAAUGAACACUUUGUCAAAGCUGACGUUUGCCGACUCUAGGCGCUUUCAAGACUUGUGCAUGGAUUUGUUCCCUGGAAUCAACGUUAAGGACAUUGAGUACCAGGAGCUUGAAGCGGUCAUCCGAGAGACCAUGAGAGAAAUGCGCCUGGCUGAAAUUGACACACAGAUCUACAAGAUGCUCCAAUUUCAUGAAGCUUGCCAACAACGAAUGGGGGUUGGCAUCGUUGGCCCUUCAGGGUGUGGGAAAUCAACCAUUUGGAAGGUGCUGGAGACAGCAUAUAAGAAGCAAGGUAAGAGGUAUGUGGUUCAUGUGAUGAACCCCAAAUCCAUGCACAGGAUCCGACUCCUGGGACACAUGGAUCAUGACACGAGAGAAUGGUUUGAUGGAGUUCUGACUGCAAGUGCAAGGAAGGUCAUCAAGGAGCCAACUACAACCCACAAUUGGAUUGUUUGUGAUGGCGACAUCGAUCCUGAGUGGGUGGAAUCGUUGAACAGUGUUCUGGAUGAUAAUCGGUUGCUCACCAUGCCAAAUGGAGAGCGAAUCCAGUUUGGAACCAAUGUCAACUUUGUAUUUGAGACAGAUCACUUGCGCUUUGCAUCCCCAGCGACUAUCAGUCGAUUGACCAUCAUUUUCCUGUCCGAAGAAGAUGUUGAUGUCAAGCCACUGGUGACUUCGUGGAUUUUGAAGCAACCGGAGGAUCAGCAGGCACGCUUAGAGAGUUGGUUUGACGAGCUGUUCUACAGAGCUCUUGACUGGCUCUAUAGGGGUCCUCAUGAGCUUGCCAUAGAGACCACUCGGAUGGGAAUGGUGAGCAAUGUGCUCGGCCAUUUGAACAGCGAUGACGUCUCGGAGGAAGCCCCUCGCUUCACGAAACAGAAUUUCUUGCUGGCCAUUUGCCGCGGUUUGGGUGGGAACCUGUCGGAGGAGGAUCGUGCAACAUUAACUCGCGAAGCCUUUAAAUGGGCCAAUGAGAACAUCCCUGAUCCCAGUCAGCCACUCCACUGCCAGGUUGUUGAGUCUCUGAUUGUCGGCUAUCAAAGAGACUCAACUUCUGUAGACAUCUCUUUGGAAGAUGUCCAAAGAGCUGCAGUUCUUCCACCCUUGGUUCCGACAGCUACAGUUCUUCGCAACAUGGACCUGUUUGCAACCUGGUUAGCGCAAGAGCAGCCGUUUAUUGUAAGUGGACCAGAGGGUGCGGGCAAGAACUUGCUCAUUCGUCAUGCCAUCCAGAGAUUGCAGAACGAAUCUGACACUGCUCUCAAUGUGGCCGUCUUGAACUGCAACGCCCAAACAACAUCGAAGGAUGUUCUGCAAAAGCUUCGUCAAUUCUGCAGCAUCUCCACUGGCACCACUGGUCGCAUGUACCGUCCGAGAGAAGGACGGCGACUUGUCUUGUACCUCAAAGAUAUCAACUUGCCAACUCCAGAUAAGUACGACACCUCGGAAAUUAUCAUGUUCUUACAGCAGGCUGUCAUGCACAAAGGCUUUUACGAUGAUGACUUGGAGUUUGUGCAAUUGGAGCAUAUCCAAAUCGUGGCUUCCAUUGCUCCUGCAAGUACUCUUGGUCGGCAUCGUUUAGCAACUCGCUUCACAGCCAUUGUGAGGGUGUGCUCUAUCUCCUAUCCGUCAUCGGAGGAACUGAGUGAAGUGUACUCACACUUCUUACGUGCAACCAUGACAGCACCUCACUGGCAGAAUGUAGCAGAACGAGCUUAUGGUCUGUGUGACAAGGUUGCAGAGGCAAUGGUUGAUGUGUAUAGCAACAUGAAAGGCAAGUUCACAAUGGAUGACCACGAACACUACCUCUUCAAUCCCAGAGAUUUGACACAAUGGGUUUUGCAGCUCCUGCGAUAUGAAGUUGUCUCAGUGGAGAGCUUCAUUGAGGCUUGGGCAUACGAAGCCGCACGGAUUUUUAGAGACCGAUUGGUGGGAGAUGAAGCAAAAAGCCACUUUGACUCCAUCCUUCGGAAUGCAUUGAUUCAGUACCUGGGCACUGAUGUUGAAGUCGACAAAUUGAUCUUUACAUCAAUGUUGACCCUCAACGACGAAGGGGUUCCAAGUGGUGAUAUGAAGAAAGUCUCAGUGGAAGAUUAUGCAAAGAUGGUCCAAGAUGGGUUGAAAUCCUACCAGCGGGAGGUGAAAGAUCUUGAUAUCGAGCUUGUGCCAGAAGUUUUAGAACAGAUCAGCUGGAUGGAUCGUGCUUUGGCAGCACCUGUGGCCAAUGAUCUAUUGGUGGUUGGACGCUCAGGUUGUGGAAAGCGUUCUGCAAUCUCCCUCCUGGCUCACAUGCAUCGUUUGGCAGUUUUCAGUCCAGCUCCUGCUCGCCGUUAUGGGGCAAAGGAGUGGAAGCGCGACUUGAAGCAGGUGAUGCAGAUGACUGGCGUGGAGAAGCAACAUACCAUCCUCUUCUUGGAGGAUCACCACUUGAUCAAAUCCGAGUUCUUGGAAUCCAUCAACUCCUUGCUGAGUGCGGGUGAUGUGCCUGGCAUUUGGACACCAGAAGAGUUAGAGCCUUUGCUUGCACCCCUGAAGGAAGAGUGGGCUGCUUCACAAGGGAGAGCAGGUGGAGCCCGCACGCCAUUCGAGUACUUUUGCAACCAAGUGCAGCAGCGAUUGCAUGUGGUCUUAUCAAUGGACCCGAAUCAUCCCCACUUCCUUCCGUAUUGUGCUGCUAAUCCAGCCCUCUUCUCAUGCACUACAGUCUUGUGGCUUGAUGAAUGGUGUGAGCAGAGCAAAUCGAUUAUAGCACAGCGCAUCAUGGGAGAAGAUGUGCUCGAUAGCAAGAGAACCAAUCUUGGACCCCUGCUGCAGUACAUCCAUGCUUCGCAAGCAAUGAGAGGUGCAUGUCCCAGACAUUUCAUCACGCUGCUCCAAACGUGCCAUGCAAUGUAUGCAGCGAAGAUUUCCACUGCCUCAGGCCAGUCCUCCCACUUGCAGAAGGGUCUACUGAAGCUACAGGAGGUCAGCCAAACUGUUGAACAACUCCAAGAAGAUGCUGUUGCAAAGCAGCAAAUCUUAGGUGAAAAGCAGCAGUUGGCUGAUGAGGCAUUGAAGCGAAUCACAGUCGCGAUGCAGCAGUCAGCCGACCGUCGACAAGAAGUCGAACGCUUGGAAACUUUGACCAAGGAGGAACAGGAGAAGACGGCAGAAGAGAAGGCAAUCAUUGAGAAGGAGCUCUCUGAGAUUCAACCGAUUCUAGAUGCGGCCAAGAAAGCAGUUGGAAGCAUCAAGCCGGAGCACCUCAACGAGAUCCGAGCACUAAAAAUGCCCCCAGAUCCCAUCCAUGAUGUGCUCAAUGGUGUUUUACGCAUCAUGGGCAACUACGACAACUCUUGGGCCUCAAUGAAGAAGUUCUUGGCGGGCACAGGAGCCAUCCAGCGAAUCAUCAACUUUGAUCCACGACAGAUUGACAAUCAAACGCGCCAUGACGUGGAGAAGCUACUGCGAGAGAAAGCCAAUUCCUUCGAACAUGCCACAAUCUACAGAGUGUCCGUGGCGGCUGCACCUUUGGCAAAGUGGGUCGUGGCCAGUGUGAAAUACAGUACUGUGCUGGUGAAGGUUGCGCCCAUGGAGGAAAAGUUGAAUCAUGCACUUGAGUCCUUCAGACAAGGCCAAGAAAAACUGGCACAGCACAAGAACGAGCUGGUCAAGAUCGACGAGGACAUCGCACAGCUGCAAGAGGACUUUAGUCAGCGCAAAGGUGAAGCUGCAGUUCUGAAAGUGGACUUGGAGCGUGCAGAACAGACCUUGAACAAGGCCAAUGGCUUAAUGUCAAAGAUGUCUGGAGAGAAGGAUCGCUGGGAAUAUCAGGUCUCUGAGAUCCAAAGAGAUGCAGCCUUGCUUUCCACUCACACCUGUCUUUCAGCUGCAUACUGUACUUACCUGGGACACUUCUCCGAGGACAUCCGCCAGCAGGCCUAUACGUCGUGGACAGAGUCACGCGGAAUCACAACGUUUGACUUCCUACGAAUCAUGUCUUCGGAAAGUGAGCUCCUCACGUGGAAGGCACAAGGUUUGUCGGCCGAUCGCUUGUCCCAGGAGAAUGCUGUGAUGAUCAAUUCAGGCAUCCUUGUGCCAUUCAUUGUGGAUCCCAACAGUCAAGCAUUGGAAUGGCUCAAGCAGACGAACUCAUCUGCUGAGGUAGUCCUUCAGCAAGACCCGAAGCUGGUGUCUCAGUUGGAGCUGUCUGUGCGAUUUGGCAAAGUCUUGAUCAUCCAAGAAGUGGACGGCAUAGACAACUAUUUGGUCCCACUCUUGAGGAAAGAUAUGGUCCGCCAAGGUCCCCGAAAGGGUGUCCAGAUCAGUGACAAGAUGUGCGACUUUGAUGAUAACUUCAGACUCUUCCUCUGCACUCGAAACUCCAGCGCUAUUGAGAUACUCCCUCCAAAUACUGCUUGUCUUGUUACCAGAGUGAACUUCACGGUCACAAGGGCUGGACUUGAAGGACAGCUCUUAGGAGUAACUUUGCAGUAUGAGAAGCCGGAGUUGGAGCAUCGCAAGUCCGAACUGUUGCAGAAGGAAGAAGAGUUUAAGGUUGACUUGUCGAAGCUGGAGAAACAGCUCUUGGAACAAUUGGCGGACUCCAGUGGCAACAUCCUCGAGAACGAGCCACUCAUUCAAUCUUUGGAAAAGGCGAAAGCUGCUGCGACCACCAUUACUCAAUCUCUGGAGGAAUCAACAAGGCUUCAGAUGGUUUUGGAUGAGGAGCGUGAAGUCUAUCGCCCACUAGCCACCUUGGGCUCUCGCAUCUUCAUUCUGGUGAAGGAGCUCAGUGCAAUUGACCACAUGUACCGCUUCUCCUUGGAGGCGUUCAUGACGCUCUUCAACAAAGUGCUCAACUUGCAACUUGGGACAGAAGGCACACAAGAUAAACUGCGCCAGCUUGGAAACCAGUUGAAGAUCAUGGUGCUGUUCUACAUCUCACGGUCGCUGUUCAAAUCGGACAGAUUGACCUUUGGCAUUCAUAUGGUCCGAGGCAUUAUGCCCGAAAGGUUUGAAGCCAAUGAGUGGGAGCUCUUCCAAGGGGUGUACAUUCCUCCCAGCCAACCUUCAACUCCGCCACCCGGCUGGUGUCCUCCUGAUCGACAAGCCUCUCUUCAACUUUUGCGUGCAACCUUCCCGCGAGUCGAUGAACUCUGGCAGCUGAACAAAGAUUCCUUGUGGUCUUCGUGGGUCGCCUCAGACAAAUGUGAGGAGUCCUUCGACGGUUCCGUUUACUCCCGAAUGUCCGCCUUCCAACGUGUCCUGUUGAUCCAGGCAGUGAGGCCAGAUCGCUUGGAGUCUGCUCUGACUCAAUUUGCCUGUGAGUCCUUGGGAGUACAAUCAUUGUCACCUCCACCAUUGAGUUUGGGCCGCUUGUUCAAGGAGGAGACCAGCAACAAGUUACCUAUUCUCUUUGUAACUACUCCUGGCGCUGAUCCUUCUGCUGAGCUGGAUGACUUUGCCAAGAUGUAUCAAGCAGAAAGUGCACCUCACAUGAACUUCCAUCAACUUGCUAUGGGAGGUGGUCAGAAUGAUGAUGCCAUUCGGCUCUUGCGUGAAGCAGCCAGAUCCGGAGAUUGGAUUUGCUUGAAGAACCUCCACCUUGUCAUCAGUUGGGUUCCUUUGUUGGAAAAGGAGCUCAAGGGCUUGCAACCUCAUGAAAACUUCCGAUGUUGGCUUACCACAGAAGCGCAUGCCAAGUUCCCAACCAUUUUGCUGGAGACUUCAUUGAAGGUUACAUAUGAGGCGCCUCCAGGAGUGAAGAAGAAUAUUUUGCGAACUUUGGAGUCUUGGAACCAGAAUUGGUUUGGACAGGGCAAUGACCUGCGCUCCAGAGUCAUUUUCCUUUGUGCACAUUUCCAUGCAAUCAUGCAAGAACGUCGCACUUACAUUCCACAAGGUUGGACCAAGUUCUAUGAGUUCUCUCAGAGUGACCUCCAAAGUGCUUGUGAGACGGUCUCUUUACUUGUGAAAGCAGGCGAGUCGGUGAGACAAGCAAGUCCCGGCUCUCCAGGAAUCGACUGGGUCACACUGAUCGGAGUCUUGGAGCAGGCGGUGUAUGGAAGCCGUGUAGACAAUGAGUAUGAUUCUCGUUUGGUCCGUGAAUACUUGUCCAUGUUCUUCAAGUCUGAGACGUUGGAGGGUGGCAGGAGGAAGUCCGUGGACAUCCCCGCCUUCGACCUUCCUGAGUCCACCAACAUGGCAGACUUCCGGGCACGUGUGGAUCAGCUGCCAGACCUGGACAACCCCGCCUCCUUCGGCAUGGCGCCCAAUGCCGAUCGUUCGCUUCAGCGCAUCAACUCUGCGAAGGCCAUCGCCUCGCUCCGGCAGUUGGCGACAGGAGAAACCGGUGGAGCUUCAGCCACGGUGGAUAUGAAGCUGUGGAAAAGUCAGUUGGCACCCCUCUUCACCAUUUGGGAGAAUGUGAACAAAGGUCACCUCAGUAAGCUGAAAGGCAUUGAGGUCCGAGCAGUUCAACCCGAUGAUCCUCCCACGGUGGCCUUCGUUCUCAUGGACGCAGCCGAAGCUUCGCGCUUGGGAGAUCUGGUCAGCAACGCCUUAUCGACGCUGCAGAGGGUGGUGAACGGCACAGCCCUGAGCACUCCGGACCUACAGGUGCAGGCGAAAGCUUUGAUUCGGGGUGAGGUGCCCGAAACAUGGUCCUCCAGUUGGCCAUCGGCACCAGAAGAUCCUUCACUCUAUUUGCAGGGCCUGGCCAAGCGCAUUGUGGCCUUGAAAGGAGACUGGAUCAGGAGGGUCCAGUCUAGAGAUGUGACAGGACAACCGGUUUCACUCAGUGAUUUCCUGAGGCCAGAUGUUUUCCUCAAUGCCUUGAGGCAGGAAACUGCCAGAAGACUUGCCGUCUCCAUCGACAACUUGCAUUUGGUGUCCACCUAUGAACCACACCUUUUCAGAGAUGAUACCGCACCAUUGCCAAUAACAGUUCAAGAGUUGAUACUUGAAGGCUGUGCUUUCGACGAGUUUAAAAGGAUUCUCAUUGAGGGGCAGCGAACCUCUUCUCUAAUAUCGGUUUUGCCACCAUUUACAAUUGCCUGGAUGUCCAAAGUUGCACACCCAGAACGAACAUCAUCGUCAGCGCGUGCGGCUGGCACAAUUUCUUUGCCUGUCUAUGCCUCGUUGACAAGAGAACGUUUGAUUGCUGAGGUCGAGCUGAGUACAGACAGCACACGACAGCGGAAGCUCAAUGCUGCGGCCUUGUUUUUGACAGAAAAUGAGUGAGGCUAACGCAAGUGGACGAAUUCAGAGAUCUUUCAAUUCUGCACUGCUCUAGCUGGUUUCUGACCUGUGAAAUGAGUCGGGUCCUUGCUCGAUGCCUGCACGUAGUGCUUCAGGCUAUGAGCGUCAUUUGAUCUGAAUUCGUCGCAACGCCGCAAA